AUGAGCGAACCAAAUCAGGCUUUAGACAUUGUGCAUCAACAAAAGGAACAAGUGGCAACUACUGAAGAUGAUCCAUUUAAUGUUGAUAUGUUGUUUGAUACAGAUGUCUUAGAGACAGGGCCUUCUGUGGAAGUUGAAGCAGAGCAUGUGGUUGAAGUUGAAGCUGAGCAAGUUAAAGGAAAAGGGAAAGUUAUCGAUGAUAUUGAAGGAGGUGAUGUGAAUAAAGACACUACAAGUUCCUCAAGUUCUUCAGAUGAAGAAGUAGUUGAUGAAACUGAACGUUUACGAAGAAUUCAGGAGGCAACAGAGCAAGAAAAGUUAUUAAAGAAGAGAAAGAGACAGGAAAAGGACGAUGAUGAUGUGUAUGUGCCUUCUCCAGAACAUGUCUCAGAAUCACAAUCUCCUCCAGGUGGUAAAAAGAAAGGUAGAGCACGAAACAAAGUCGUAUUUCCGAAGAUUCGCAAAGCUACUCCAAAGAUCAAAGUACCGAAGAUUGUGCUCAAGAAGAAACAAACAAAAGAAACCAAGAAACCACCUACACCACCACAUGAACCAACACCUCCACAAUCACCAAUACAAUCAACACCCCGACAACCUACUCCACCACAACAACCUUCACCACCUAAACAGCCAACACCUCCAAGACAACCAUCUCCACUACGUCAUUCACCUCCACCACAACAAACCCUUUUCACCUCGCAAGAACUCUUUCAGACCCCUCCACUCACUCAAAUGCAACCUGGUUUUUCAAGCAAAGGUCUUUAUACUCCAUAUGAUAAUCUUGAAGAUAUCGGAGACUUCGGUUUUGCGAACAAUGAACAAGUGUUGAAGUUGGAGAAAAGGAUGGAUGAAGUGUUAGUGGAAAACAAGAAAUUAGCCGCUGAAAACAAGAAGGUGUCUGAUAGGGAGAAAAUUUUAGAAAUGUGUGUGAAGAAGUUGGAGAUUGAUAAUAAAGAGUUGGUGAAAAAGAUUGACUCUAAUCAAUCUGAGAUAGACAUCUUGAAGGUGAGAGUUGCUGAGCAGGAAGAAGAAAAGACUCGACGUGAUGAACAAAAUGAGUAUUUCAAGUUGAAGAACAAAGAACUUGAAGCAGCUAAAGCUUUCAGAGAUCAUGAGUUCUAUAUGUUGAAUAAAGUUGUCGAGAGCAUGCUUGGAACAUCUGUAGAGCAAAAGUUUGAACAGCUGCAAGUUGAAGAGCUCAGAGCUGAACGUCAAGCCAAAAUAGACGAACAAAUGAAAGAAAAAGGCAAAGGAGUUGAAGGAAGUUCUGCAGUGACAGAAAGAUCGAUUGUUCCUUCAAUGGUGGUUGAUAAUCCCGAGCCUAUUUCUGCUAUUUCUGGUUUGUUUGAGGAUUAUACUCCUAUGGAUGAAUUGAUUGGAGAUAGUGAUGAGGAUGAUGAAGAAGAGGAGGAUGAAGAGGAAGAUGUUACAGAUGAAAAAAGUGGUGGUACAGGGUUGAAAGUUACUGAAGCUUCUGCUGAACAGAAUGUUGAUAAUCUGAUGAACGAUUCAGUGAACGAAGAAUCAGGGGGAGCUGAUAGACAGGGGGAGUCAGGUGAUGCAGAGAAUGUUCAACAAGCCGAGAAAUUGAUCUUGAGGAUAGAUACUUAUCGUGAAGAAGGAGAGCAUUUCCAUACUUACACGUUGGAAUUCGAAGAAGAAUUGAAUGCUUUCGACAUCAAUCAGCAGCGUGAUUACGAGUAUAAGUAUGUUGAAGAUGCUGAUAUGUACGAUAGAGUCAAAGUUGAAGAUUGGACGGAUGAUGAGAAUGUCAGUGAGGAUACUUCACAGUUGCCAACGUUAAUGGAAUUCUUUAUUGAAGAGAACCGUGAUGAGUUGCGAAGGAAAGUUGCUGAAAUUUUGAAAGACAAACUUUGA